UGGUAUAGAUAAAAAGCAUUGUCAUAAAACAGUAAAAUCGAAGUCAUACUUCAAAAUAAACAAAAGCCUUUAUUAUCCAUUGUCUAGAAAUCACUUUCAAUAUGAGGAUUACAUCAUAUAGGAGCUUCCCAGAAAGAAUGAAACUUGGUAAUCCUUUAAAAUUCCCAUUCCACUACAUGUAUAUAGAUCAUGUCCUCCCACUAAAUAAUUCAAAGUUUGGUGACUAUGUUGAAUACAUCUAUCCAAUUGAACUUGAAAUAAAGGAUACCAUUGACACAGUUAUUUCUGCUUCAUAUCUAGACCAUUAUGAAAUAUCUGUGUCACAGAUGAUCACAGAAAUGUUUUAAUUGUCAAAGCCACAAUCCUGUCCACUUUUUCUCUGUUAUGACAACACAGGACAUUCCUUAACUGUGAACACUGGUUAUUUAUUUGCCAUGAGUACGGAUGCCUCUAUAGCUAGGUGAGUAGGAUCUGCACCUGAGAUCACCUUGGUUUUUGAUAUGGUUUGUGUUGCUCAGUCUUUAUUAGUUUUUUGUGUAAUCUUUGAAGACUGCUGUCUUUUUGGCCAUGAUAUUGUCUGUUUUUCUUCAAAUCAUGAUUUUUGAUUGUCCUUUUGGUAUCUUGUGGCUCUUCUUUUUUCAAAAUUUUCAAUUCUGCCAUCAAUUUGAUUUGCGUUUUGGUGAUAUGUCCAGUGUGUUAAGACUAAAGUAAGGUAUGUCCAGACAGUAAGGUAUGUCCACUACACUGAGAUGACAGUAAGGUAUGUCCAGUACACUGAGAUGACAGUAAAGUAUGUCCGGUUCCGGUAUACUGAGAUGAAAGUAAAGUAUGUCUGGUACACUGAGAUGACAGUAAGGUAUGUCCAGUACACUGAGAUGACAGUAAGGUAUGUCCAGUACACUGAGAUGACAGUAAGGUAUGUCCGGUACACUGAGAUGACAGUAAGGUAUGUCCGGUACACUGAGAUGACUGUAAGGUAUGUCCAGUACACUGAGAUGACAGUAAAGUAUGUCCAGUUCCGGUAUACUGAGAUGAAAGCAAGGUAUGUCCAGUACACUGAGAUGACAGUAAGGUAUGUCCAGUACACUGAGAUGACAGUAUGGUAUGUCCAGUACACUGAGAUGACAGUAAGGUAUGUCCAGUACACUGAGAUGACAGUAAUGAAUGUCCAGUACACUGAGAUGACUGUAAGGUAUGUUCAGUACACUGAGAUGACAGUAAGGUAUGUCCAGUACACUGAGAUGACAGUAAGGUAUGUCCAGUACACUGAGAUGACAGUAAGGUAUGUCCAGUACACUGAGAUGACAGUAAGGUAUGUCCAGUACACUGAGAUGACAGUAAGGUAUGUCCAGUACACUGAGAUGACAGUAAAGUAUGUCCAGUUCCGGUAUACUGAGAUGACAGUAAGGUAUGUCCAGUACACUGAGAUGACAGUAAGGUAUGUCCAGUACACUGAGAUGACAGUAAGGUAUGUCCAGUUCCGGUAUACUGAGAUGACAGUAAGGUAUGUCCAGUACACUGAGAUGACAGUAAGGUAUGUCCAGUACACUGAGAUGACAGUAAGGUAUGUCCAGUAUACUGAGAUGACAGUAAGAUAUGUCCGGUAUACUGAGAUGACAGUAAGAUAUGUCUACUGUACUAAUAUGAAGGUUAAGUACAUGCAGUGUUUCAAUUUUUGCAGCUUUCCAGUUCCAGAUUAAGCUUCAUGUAGUUGAUUUCUAAUAAUGAAACUUGUAAAAAAAAAGUAUGCAAUAUGAACUGCACAAUGUAAUGUCUUAGGAUAAGCUUACAAUGUAUGGAAUACUUAGAUUUUUAGCAGAUACAUUUAUGAUAUAAUGAUAGUGUUUUGUCAGACAAUAUAAAUAAACUAUUAAAUUAACCAAUAUGAGUUAUAACCGGUAUAUAAUGAAAUUAUACUUUUCAGUUUUAGGUCUUUGUUUUUUUUAAUAACUGUAAAUUCAGAAAUUAUUGGGUGCAUUUAUUAUUGCGAUUUUUGAAGAAUGGACAUAAAAUACGAGAUUUAUUAUUGCGAUUUCAGCAAAAUCUAAAAUUGAGAAUGGAAUGGGGAAUGUGUCAAAGAGACAACAACCCAACCAAACAACAGAAAACAGCCAACGGCCACCAAUGGGUCUUCAACACAGCGAGAAAAUCCCGCACCCGGAGGCGGGCUUUACCUUAACAAAAUGUGUACUAGUUCAAAUCUGCAUACUGACAUCUGAAUAAGAUAUCAUAUUGCGAGUACUUAUUAUUGCAAUAUUCACCAAGUAGCAUUAUUUACAUUAAUAACAAGAGGCUCUCAAGAGCCUGAAUCGCUCACCUGUAUUUCAGAAGAGAUUUUUAAAUGUUAGCAAACUUUAUGAACAAAUUGUGUAAAAUUGUCUUUAAAUGGCAAUAACUCCUUAAGGGGUCAAUUGACAAUUAUGGUCAUAUUAACUUUUUUGUAGAUCUUAAUUUGCUGAACAUUAUUGCUGCUUACAGUUUAUAUAUAUCUAUAAUAAUAUUCAAAAUAAUAACAAAAAACUGCAAAAUUUUGUUAAAACUACCAAUUCUGUGGCAGCAACCCAACAAUGGGUUGUUCGAUUCAUCUAAAAAUUUCAGGGCAGAUAGAUCUUGACCAAUUAAACAAUUUUACCUCUGUCACAUUUGCUCUAAAAGAUUUAGUUUUUGAGAUAUAAGCCAAAAACUGCAUUUGACCCUUAUGUUCUAUUUUUAGCCAUGGUGGCCAUGUUUGUCGAUGGAUCAAAACUUCGGAUACAAUUUAUAAACAUGAUACCCUAAGGAACAUUAAUUUUAAGUUUGAAGGUAAUUGGCCCAGUAGUUUCAGAGGAGAAGAUUUUUAAAUGUUAGAAAACUUGAUGAACAAAUUGUGUAAAAUUGUCUUUAAAGGGCAAUAACUCCUUAUGGGGUCAAUUGACAAUUAUGGUCAUAUUAACUUUUUUGUAGAUCUUACUUUGCUGAACAUUAUUGCUGCUUACAGUUUAUAUGUAUCUAUAAUAAUAUUCAAAAUAAUAACAAAAAACUGCAAAAUUUUGUUAAAACUACCAAUUUGGUGGCAGCAACCCAACAAUGGGUUGUUUCAUUUGUCUGAAAAUUUCAGAGCUGAUAGAUCUUGACCAAUUGAACAAAUUUACCCCAUGUCAGAUUUGCUCUAAAAGCUUUAGUUUUUGAGAUAUAAGCCAAAAACUGCAUUUGACCCCUAUGUUCUAUUUUUAGCCAUGGCGGCCAUGUUUGUCAAUUGAUCAAAACUUCGGAUACAAUUUAUAAACUAGAUACCCUAAGGAACAUUUAGUUAAAGUUUGAAGGUAUUUGGCCCAGUAGUUUCAGAGGAGAAGAUUUUUGAAAUAGUUUACGACGACAGACGACGACGACGGACGCCAAGUGAUGGCAUAAGCUCACAUGGGCCCCUAGGGGCCCCGGUGAGCUAAAAACCUAGCAAUAAUUUCUGAAUUUACAGUAUUGCUUCUUCAGUUUUGUUUCUUUUAAUAUUUGCAGAUGUAGAGGUUUAGGCUAGCAGUUCUGAAAACUCAGUGAAUAAUCAUGAAAAUUCAAUACUAAAAACAUCUAUCUAUAUGCAUGAACCAUGCAUUUAAAAAAGACGGUUCAAAAUAACCUCAUGAUUUUCAAAUUUUA